AUUCCCCACAUUACAAUAUUCAAAAUCACAAUCUCUCUCUCUAUCUCAAAACUUCCAAAUCAAUGGCGCUGAGAAACAUUGAAAACGCUCUUCCGAUCUCGCAGGAACGACCUAAGAAGCUUCCGAAACUCUCAAAGAACCCAGAGAUUGGUGGUCCGAAUGACGAAAACACCCUCGUACCUCCUCCCACUGAAUCAACCAUCGACUACAUCGCUUCUGAAAAUCUCAAACCGUUUCCAGAUCCAGAAUCCUCUGUUCAGAGGUUACUUGAAGAAUUAGCAUCAAAGGAUUGGAUCAAAGUUUGUGAAUCACUCAACGACACGAGGAGAUUCGCAGUUUAUCACUCUUCUCUGUUGCUACCAAUUCUAGAAAAGCUUAUGGUUGUGAUGGUGAAAGCGAUGAAGAACCCUAGAAGCGCCUUGUGCAAGACUUCGAUUAUGGCUUGUUCUGAUAUCUUCAAAGCAUUUGGAGAAAAGUUAACUCUUUUGAAAACGAUGGACGAUCUGUUAUUACAGCUGCUAAUGAAAGCUUCACAAGACAAGAAGUUUGUUUGUGAAGAGGCAGACAAAGCGCUGACCACGAUGGUUAAUUCGGUGGCUCCUUUGCUUCUUCUGCGUAAGCUCAAAGCUUACGUCCGACACAGUAAUCCUCGUGUUAGGGCCAAAGCCGCUGUGUCUACUUCCAACUGUGUUUCUAAAAUGGAGGUAAAUGAAAUGGAGGAGUUCGGGAUGGUUGUGAUUGUGCAAAUGGCUGCGGAUUUGUUGAAUGAUAAGUUACCAGAGGCAAGGGAGGCUGCGAGGAGUAUGGUGAACUCUGUUUACGAGAAAUUCACAUGGAAUGAAGAAGAAGAAGGUGAAGAAGGAAACAAACAAGAAGCUUGGCAGAGGUUUUGUGAGAAGAAUCUAACAGGGCUCAAUGCACAAGCCAUGAUCAAGAUCGUCUCAUCUCAAUAACGUUUCUGAUGAAGAAACACCUUGUCUCUUAUGUAACGUACGUAUAUUCACAUGAUUGUAAUAACAAUCUUUCAGUUUCUUCUAUUCAUUCACAAUGGAUCCAAUGAGACAGUAUGUUCUCUUAUUUUGUGAAUUGCUUUAUCUUGUGAAGGGUUUUAUUCUUCUGUCCUCAGCUUCAAAAGUUUUGAACAACUGGUUUAACCU